AUGAAGUGGGUCCAAAAUGUUUCAUACCUGAUUAAGUCGUACUUGUCUCAACACAUCUCAAUCACUCACUUACGAAUAGCUGCAUUUGUGGUUGCGUUAUUUUCUUGUCUUGUAUCAGGAUCAAUUUUACUAUUUACAUUAUUUGGUCCAUCUUUCCACAAUGUACUUGGACUUUCGUAUCUUGAGAUAAAUUGGAUUGCGUCAUUGUCAGCUGGUGGGAUGUACUUGUGUCUUCCUGCAUUAGGCUACUUAUCAGAUUGUUAUGGACCUUCGAUUCUAUCAUUUUUAUCAGUAUGGUUCUUCGUCCCCAGUUAUGCCUUUAAUAGCUACUUGGUGCAAACGGGAUGCAAUAAAUUAGCAUUAUACUGUGGCUCAUUUUGUUUUAUUGGGCUAGCUACUUCGUCAUUGUAUUUUUCGAGCUUGUUAACUUGUGCAAAGAUUUUUCCCAAGCAUAAAGGGUUAGCUAUUUCCUUACCCGUGACUUGUUAUGGACUUAGUGCAUUGCUUGGCUCACAAUUGCUCAAGCUAAACUACUUCAAAAUGAUUUAUAAAUUGGAUUCAGAAAUGUUGGAUUUAGUAAAAGUGUUUCGAUUUUUUGCAUGGUUGUAUGCGAUAAUUGGGGUGUUGAGUUUUAUAUCCAGUUCAAUUGUCCUUGUGGAGCAAGAUGUGAUUUUCGACGUUAAUGAAAUCGAUGUUGAUGAUAGGACUCCAUUGUUGAAUGACGAUUUGACGCCUCAACGAUCAACAAGAUCCAUAGAUCCACCAAACCAUAGGAAAAGGUUUAUAUCGUUUUUGAAAGAUUUAUCCUCGUGGGUACUCCUCGUUUCACUUAUCAUGAACAUUGGUCCUUUAGAAAGUUAUCAAAACAACUUAAGCUCUAUUGUUGCCAUAUUAGAACCAAUAAAAUCAAAGUCCAACCUUUCAGACAAGGUUAGCGUGUUGGCAACGUCAUCAACAAUUGCAAGGCUAGCAUUUGGUGGUUUGAGUGACUUGUUGGAUAUUAAAGGUUACAGCUCAGUACCACUUCUAAUGGUUUCAGUGGUGUGUGGUAUCGGUGGCCAGUGGUUUAACAAUGUCGUUUUAAAUGGUAUCUCAUACGGAGGCAUGUUUACGAUUUACCCCACUUUAGUUGCAUCAGUUUGGGGAAUUGAUAUUAUGGGAUCCACUUGGGGGUCAUUUAUGGUUGCACCGGCAAUUGGGUCCAUUAUGUUUUCAUUAUUCUACGGUAAAGUUGCCGAUGCCGGUAAAAUGGGAAACGAGACAGAGAGAUUACAAAUAUAUUUCAAGGCUACAUCGCUUUCAUUGUUUGUAAGUUGCAUUUUGGUGUUGGUGGCUUAUAGAAUAUGGCGCAAAAGAGGCCAGUGA